AUGAACAGGUAAAAAACCUAAACCAGAGGACUAUAGCCUUCAAGUCGACAAUAAAAUCUGACUACUAUUAACUCUGAAUACAAUGGUUAAGGUUAUGGCCACCAUCGUAUUGACUCUUAAACUGGACUUCUGAAUUAGCAAAAUGAUACAUUUAAUCAGAACAAUUUUGGAGAUUAGAAUAUGAACAGCAAAAAAUCAUCUAACUUAAAUUCUCAAAGAGUAGAUUUCGAUUAAUCCUAGCUGAAAAUGAAAGCAGCGAAAGAGUUCAUAGCGAUGGCAAGAUAGCUGGGUGAAAGCAGAGUCUCAGAUCAAAAAGGGGGCAUUACUGAUGAAGAAUAUGAAAAGCAAAUGGAAAACAUAGUAAACGAGUACGAGAGAUCGCAUACUGUCCUUUCGAAGUCUGAGAUAUAAACAAUUAGUCCAAAUUUAGCUUCACAAAAGACAAUUCACAAUUUGAAUAAAAAUUCAAGUCGAUUGGUCUCUUAGCAUACUAGCAAUAGAAUAACUCAAAGAAGCAUAAUAGGGAAUAAUCUAUAGCUCUAAUCAAAUUUAGAUGUUACAAAUCCAAUUCUUGAAAAUAUAGAGUAAUCAUUCGCCUAAACAAGAAGUAAUAUUGCUUCAAUGAUAUAACAGUAUGGACAGGAUUAAGAUUAAUUACCUGAUGUCGAUGAUAUUUUAGAAGAAGAAGAUAAUAUCAAAGAGGCAUCCUAAUUCAGAUCUAGGGAUAUUAUCUUGAGGUAAAGAAGUGGCCAUGAAAAGAAUAAGUACCGAGCACUGACUACAAUUAUAAGGGAUCCUGAUGCUGAUUUAUUAUAAAAUGAGACUGAAGCUUAAAUACUCAAGAUAAAGAGAUUCUGUAGGAGACUAUGCGAAUGUUGCAAGAAAAAAGAAUAGCUAGAUGAUUCAUUUUUAUAUACUUCUGGUGAGAGUGAUUUAGAUGCAGAAGAAAUUUUCCUAGGAAUGGAUGAAUACGAGCAAUAAAACAGGAUCGUAGAAUUAUGGUAAAGAACUUUAGCUAAAGCUAGGGGAGCAGUUAAAGUAAUUGAGAUAUUUGGAACAUAUAUUCCAUACAAAACAGCUUUCAUAGAAAGUUCUUCAGACACAGUUAACACUAUAGAACUAUCAAUAGACUCUCUCUUUAUCAUUGAUAUAAUCGUUAAUUUCAUUAGUGCUUACGAAGACAGUGAAAGAAAUAUUGAGUUCAGGUUUUUCAAGAUAGCUUAAAAGUAUGUAACGAGCUGGUUUAUAUUUGAUGUGAUGUCUUGCAUUCCAUUUCAGUAUUUAGAUUUUAGUGGAGGAGACGUAACUACAACCAAUGAGAUUAUAACUGAAAUAAUGGAUGAUUCCUUCACGAAUUCUACAUUGAUUUUGGGUUCAAGAUUUCUAAAUACUACUACUCCAAUAACAACAGGAGGAACUUCUAGUAGUGUAGGCUCAAAUUCUGCAAAGUAUAGUAAACUUCUGAAACUGACAAGAUUGCCCAGACUUUAUAAACUACUAAGAAUUCUCAGGCUGUUCAAAAUGGUGAGACUACUCAAAUACAAUCGAAAUAUCAAAAAGUUAAUGGAUCAGCUAAGACUGAAUCCAGGUUACAUGAAAAUGAUUACUGUAACAGUAACUGUCCUCUUCCUUGUCCAUCUAGUAUCUUGCUUUUACUUUAUGGUAGCAACAUAUACUGAUUAUGAUCCUGAAAGCUGGGUGGUAAGAAAGCAACUUAUAGAUGAUACAAAUUUUGCGUAGUAUAUUACAGCAAUGUAUUGGGCUUUUCAGACUCUCACAACUGUCGGUUAUGGUGAUGUUUAAGGAACAACAACCUUCGAAAGAAUUUAUUGCUUACUCUGGAUGAUCUUUGGUGUUGCUUUUUAUUCAUUCACAAUCGGUAAUUUGCAAUCAAUCAUUUCAACUAUUGACGUUAAAGCUAGUGAAUUAAGUGCGAAAUUAAACACUUUAACUGGUUUUGCUAAAAGAACUAAAUUACCUGAUUACAUAGUCUUAAAAAUUAAAAGAUUCUUGGAAAACAACAGUGUCAGUAAUACUUCUCUUACAGAAAGCCGAUAAAUGCUAAGUGAACUACCAAGUUCUUUGAGAGCAGAGGUUGUGAAGUAAACAUAUGCUGAGAUCAUUGAAAAAGUUAAAUUCUUUAACAAAAAAGACUCAGAUUUUCUGUGGGCCUUUCUUCCUGCACUUAAGCCAAUGAAAGUUUAUUCCAAAGAUAUACUAUAUUCUCAAGGAGAUCAUCCAGAAGAAGUAUUCUUUAUCUAACUUGGUAGAGUUAAACUUUGCUACGAUAUUUCUGAAGGUGAAAACUCUCAACCAAUUAACAUUCCUUUCAAUAUGUAUGUGGAGGGUUCUUAUUUCGGUGAUUUGGAAAUCUUACUUAAAAAAUGCAGGAGAUAAGGCAGAGAUGGUACAGCUAUAGUUGACUCAGAGUGUCAUCUAUUAGUAAUAGGCUCUAAAGAACUUAAGGCAAUCCUUAAGUACUUUCCUGACAUCUAAAUUUAAAUGGAAAACACAGCUAAUAUUAGAAGAAAAAGGCAUUAAAAGUAGAUUCAAGAGGCAAAAAAGAAAUAUUUAGACAGGAAAGUAAAAGCACUUAAGAACAAUACGAUCUUCUAAAACAAAAAUCCCUUAAAUCAAUUUUCCAAUUGGAAGAAAAAGAUAAAGAAAAGUGAUGAUCUUAUUAAAAGAGCUAAAGCAAGUAGAAGAAAACUUGAUAUGAUAACAUCUCAUAAAACAGGCUAACUUGAUGCCUCUGACACAUAAUCUGAUUAACCACCAGUUGAGGUUAAAUCUAUUUCAGUAAGAAGACCAUAGCCUGUAAAUCCAUAAGAAAUUUUUAGAAAAGGUAAAACUGUUUAUAAAAAGGCUGAUUCAAUCUCAAAUUAUGAUGACUCAGAUGAAGUUGAAGAUGAGCAAGAUUUAGAUUCAGACGAUGAAAGUAAACUUAGGAGUAAAUUAGAAAAUUAAAAGAAGGAUACAGAAAAAAUAGAGUAGCCUGUUUAACCUGUCAAAGAAAAUUCUAGUCCAACAGCAAUUCUUCAACAAAUUAAGAGUAGAAAUUCAAUGAAUUUUGGGGGAAUGCUUUAAUCAGGUAGAACUCAAAAAUUAGAUCAAUAAGAUGAGGCUGUAAAAAGGAGAUUUACUGGAGAUUAAAACUCUUCAAGAGGUUUAUAAAGAGAUAUGACUUAAUUAUAGAGUUCUAUCCUAAAGCAUACUUCAACUAAUUCAACUCAAGCAGCAGUCUUAAAUAAUCUUUCAAAUUUCAAAUUAAUAGUAUAAAAGUAAAGUACAGGAUCUAUAGGUGGAGAUAUACCGAGACCAUAACCCUAAUAAAAAAAUUCAAGUAGAGGAUUACCGAUUCAAACAACUUAAGUUGCAAAAGUAAGUAAUAUUGCAAAAUAACCCCCAAGAAGUCCAUCAAAAGUUAAGCCCCCAUAGCCUAAAAAGAUAGAAAAAUAAAAGGAAUCUAAGACUGAAAUAAUAGAGAGCCCAUUGAAAAGAAAAUCUACGAAAGUCGGUAAAAAAGAUAAAAAGAAAGUUUCAAAUUCCUCAUCAAAGCCUGAUAGUCUUAGCAAUGGUUUCAAACAUUUGAAAAAAGAAUUGAAGGAAGGUUAAAAAAUUCAAUCAUAAUAUGAUCACGAGAAAUAAAUGCGUUUAUUUGGUGAUGUUAUGAGCUCGCUUGCUCUAAAUGCUUUUGAAAUUAAUGAAUUGAACAACAGGAUAGAUAAGCAACUUGAAUUCAGAAAUAACAAGCUUGAUAAGAUGGACUCACAAACAAGAUCAAUAGAAGGUAGUCUGAAUAGUAUGGAAGGACUUAUAAGUAAGAUAAUGGAAAAGAUCUGA